AACAAAAUGAAAUUGAAACCAAAAUUGGUGUUCUUCGUCUUCCCCACAACUCUGGUGUUUUAACACUUCUGGGCAAAGGAAUCCUUAAUUCUAAAAUCCCAUGGCGAAAGAAACUCUAAUUUCACACACCCAUCGACUGAUACCCUUCCGUCCCUCACCCACGACUUCAAUUCCUAAUUCAGAUGAACUUCUAUAUCAAACCCCCAAAACUCCGCGCCUCCUGGAGCUCGAAUCCUCUGAAUCUGUUUCAUCUUUAAUUUCUGCAAAUGUUAUUGCCGAAAACGAAGAUCUCUUGACACUGAUCUUGGUUUGGUUACCGGCAAAGUCUCUCCUCAGUUUCCAAUCCGUUUCCAGAAAAUGGCGUUCCAUCAUUUCCGACCCCACAUUCCGGCGCCUUCGAUUUCGGGGUUACAAUACUGGCGCCCAAUUUCUGUUCCGACAGGGAAAAGAUGGUUUCUUGAUCGACUUGGAAGGCAGCUGGGUUGGAAACGGUGUCUUCUGAAAACCGACGAUUUUCAGCUUCCGAUGAGGAGACAGCAAAGGCAGGAGGAGGAGGAUCAACAACGAAAUCCGGCCUUUUUUCUUUGGAUUUGGUUUGUUCAUUUGGAGUUCAAGGAAUGGGGGAUUGGACCCAGUCAUAUAGCUGAUAUACAAGAUGUUAGUGGAAACAAGUCUGAAGCUGACUGGGUUCUCAUGGUUGCGGCAAAAACCGAAACUUCUGAGCUAAUUAGAGGGCUGAUUAACGAAGGUUCUGUGGUAUCUUUGAUGAAGCUCCUGCGUCAUCCUAGUGCUGAUGUUCGCCUGCUGGCUGUAUUGUCAUUGGGAAACAUUGCCUGUGACUCUCCCACUUAUCGCGACGUUGUCCUGAGUGAAGGGGCUUUGUUUCCAUUGCUGGAACAAGUAAAUGAGCGUGCAUCACUGUUAAUGCUGAGACAGGUGAUAUUGACAUUGUUAAACUUCUGUCGGGCGAACCUCAACCUUCAUUUGAGCAAGUUAGCUCGCAGUACAACACACACACACACAUAUAUAUAUAUAUGGGCAACUAGUCAAAGAAGUCUUUCCUUCUCAACUAAGCAAGAAGUCAAGGUGAAGGAGGUCAUACUCCUCUGUGAAAGGAAGAAGAGCAGCAGCAACACAGACCAUAUCAGAGAGAGAGAGAGAGAGACUCUAGAUAGAUAUACAGUACAGAGAAGAAGGGGAGUAGUAGGCAGUAGUCAUGGGUGGCGACUCGGGGAAGUAAUGGAGUAACUUUCCCAAGUCGCCUGCCUCCAGCAGCAGUAGCAAAUUUAUUCCCUUACUCUGUUUUCUUUCCUUUCUCUAUUUUUCUUGUUUGUAAUCAUGUCUUGGGCUAUGAUGAUCAUUGUUAUAUCUGUUGUAGUUAAGAAUAUGAACUGUUUAUAGGAUUUUAAUCCCUUGAAUCUCUCAA